GGAGCGAGAGGGCGCGGAUCGUGGUCCUGGCAGUGAGCUGCUGUGGUCGCAGGUGCAGAUCAACUGUACUGCGAGCCGUGCACGAUGCGCAAGGUGGCUUUGAUCACCGGGGCAAGCAGUGGCAUUGGGCUAGCCCUUUGCAAACGACUGCUGGCAGAAGAUGAUGAGCUCCACCUGUGUUUGGCGUGUAGGAACCCAAGCAAAGCCGGAGCUGCCCGAGACGCCCUGCUGGCCUCUCACCCCUCCGCCGAAGUCAGCAUUGUGCAGAUGGAUGUCAGCAGCCUGCAGUCGGUGGUCCGGGGUGCAAAGGAAGUCAAGCAAAAGUUUCAAAGACUAGACUACUUGUAUCUGAAUGCUGGGAUCAUGCCCAAUCCCCAGCUAAAUAUCAAGGCCUUUCUCUUUAGCAUCUUUUCAAGAAAUGUGGUUCAUGUGUUCUCCACAGCGGAAGGACUGUUGACCCAGAAUGACAAGGUCACUGCUGAUGGCUUCCAGGAGGUGUUUGAAACCAAUCUCUUUGGCCACUUUAUCCUGAUUCGGGAACUGGAACCUCUUCUCUGCCACACAGACAACCCCUCUCAGCUCAUCUGGACCUCCUCUCGAAAUGCAAAAAAAUCUAACUUCAGUCUUGAGGACAUCCAGCACACCAAAGGCCAGGAACCCUACAGCUCUUCCAAAUACGCCACCGACCUCCUGAACGUGGCUUUGAACAGGAAUUUCAACCAGAAGGGUCUAUAUUCCAGUGUCGUGUGCCCAGGGGUAGUAAUGACCAAUCUGACAUAUGGAAUUCUGCCUCCCUUUGUGUGGACAUUGCUCCUGCCGCUGAUGUGGCUGAUUCGCUGUUUUGCAAAUGCCUUCACUUUGACGCCGUACAAUGGAGCCGAAGCACUGGUGUGGCUUUUUCACCAAAAACCUGAGUCUCUCGAUCCUCUGACCAAAUAUCUGAGCUUCACCACAGGCAUCGGGACUAAUUACGUCAAGGGCCAAAAGAUGGACAUAGAUGAAGACACCGCUGAAAAAUUUUAUCAAACCUUACUGGACCUGGAAAAACGUGUUAGAAUCACCAUUGAAAAAUCCGAUCACCCCAGCUGAUGUCGACAUUCUCCAGAGCAUUCCGUAUCUUCUGUACAGCCCGGCUGGGGCACGUGGCUUUCCAUUUUGCUGGAUGAUAUGCUUUUGUAGUAAACCACAAGCUGUGAUGAUCUCUGCUCCCAUCUUUCAGAAUGAUCUCUAAGACUCCAUGUGUGCACAUGUGCAGGCAUGUACACACAGGUAGAAAGGAUUGGCAAAGUAGAGGAACCAAGUCAAUACCCUCCAGAGUCAUGUCCUUUUGGAAUUGCUAGGGGCUCUCUGCAGAGCACCUGCAUCCACUGUUCUACUGGCCACUGGGAGCCCAGUAGAUCAUUCUUGAGUGAUUGGGACACAGGUACAGCCUGAACCUCCUUUUAGUCCCAGCAAGGAGGGGCAAGGCCACCAAGUAGUCAUUCCAGCUCCUUGUCUUUUCUCUGUGAUCAUUUUCCUACUCUGUUUAUUCACUUCUUCAUAUGCUGCUUCUGGAUAAUCUUAUCAGAUCAUCCGUCCGAGCAGUCCCUGUGUGACUGACUGCACACAGUGAAUCUCAGGAACAAAGUGUGAGUGUGUUUGGGCCACGUGCAUGCGUUAUUUCUUCUCUUUAAAAACAUUCUGUUUUUAUCAGGUGGUGGAGCCAACAGCCUGGUUUUUAUUAAUGUCUGCAGAUGUAUUCAUAAACAGCUUAUCUUCAUGACCAUAUUUCACUGGAACUAAAAGUAUAGCAGAAAAUAAUUUAUUCGUGUUUCAAAAAAGUAUAAAAAGACAAACAAACUGAGAAACCGCUACUAGGCCUUUAUCUGCUGGUAUCUGGUACACAAUGGAAUAAAAGGAAAUCAUUCAUUUUUAUGUGUCAGGUGAUAAGCUUUUCAAACCUUUUCUCUGUAAAGCUUAAGGAGCCACACCUGAGCAUCCUUUGGUCUGAAUCAACAUGCUAAUGAUGGCUGAUUUUUUUUUUAUCAUAAAUAAGGCCGUCCUAUCACGUGGGAUAUAAUAAAGUCAGUAAAAUUUUGAAGAAAAGUCCAAAAGAUGAUAUAUAAAUAUAAUUUCCCUACAGCUUGUGCUAUGAAAAUUUUCUGUUUAGAGUUUUUCUACUUUUGCUGACAAAGACAUUUUUGUAAAGAUAACAGUUGAGAAUGAGUCUGCACACCACACAACUCUCCGCGUCAUUGAGAAGCGAGGGUGGAGCUUAGCACGGGGCUGUCCUUUUUACAUUCUUUAUCUCCUCAGAACCCCCAUUUGGAAAAGGCUGCUUCUCCCUGGUGAACUCACAUUUCUCAUGUGUAAACUGAGACCUCUUUGCCCUGUUGCUCACGGGUUUGCAGUGAAGAGGGGAUUGACGAUCUGUGUGGACCGUGAACAUCCCUCAUUUUGGUAGAGAAUGAUGGGGUUCAUUAGAGAUCAGGAACCCAGAAUGCCGAGGUCCAGAUACUGCCAUGUAAGGCACCAGAUGACCACGGCCCUUUUGACAGGUUUUGUUCUCCGAACAUUUCCAGGAGACUGUGUGGAGCACUGCAGGGUUUAUGGGCCCUAGGGCUGAGUAGUCGUAAUCUAGACUGUUCUUGAGAGAGUGGAGUAGCCUGGGCUUUGGUUAUUUGUGAGUUUGGAAAAACAUGUCCUUUCCUGGGAUUGCCAACUUAGGAGCAUCAAGUUAUUCUUAGAACUUCUUUUUACUGGCUACAUUAGUAAUUCCCUCUAUUUUAUUCUUGAUGCUGAUAUCUUUUCAUUGUCAGCUGUGCAGGGUUUGUCCAUUUGCUGGGGUUUUUGGAGAGCCAUGUUUCUGCCUUACUGAUUUUUUUUUUUUCUUCUCAGUUGCUUAUAUAUUUUCCAAAGAGAUUUUAGCUCUGCAUGUUUUAAUUAUCUUCUUUUUGCUUUCAUUGGGUUAAAAUAAACCAUUUUUUCCCCCAGUUUCUUAACAAAAAAACUUAGGUUACUUAUUUAGAAAUUUUUGUUCAUGGCUGUUGUAAGCAUUUAAUUAUAAGCAUUUAAUAACAUAAAUGGCCCUCUGGGCCCAGUUUAACAGCAUCCCAUGUUUGCUGACAUACUGCCUUGCUUUUAUUUUCAUCCUUUUAGCCCUAGAUUAUUUUAUUAAUUUCUGUUGAGGUUUCCUUUUAUGAAUUAUUAAAAGUGUUAUUUAAUGUUCAUAUUUUUAGAGAUUUCAAAGGUUGGAACUUGACUGGGGAGAUGGCUCAGGGGUCAAGAGUACUGGCUGCUCUUCCUG